AUGUUCAACUUCUACCUGAGCUGGGACUACAUCCACUGGACUAGGCCAUCCGGUCCGGUCCCGCCCCCGCCAAAGGGUCUCGAGCGGGAGUUCAUCAAGACCCCCGACGGCGACAUCGAGAUUCUCUCCUCCAUACCCUCCGACCGGAACCCCAGCUUCCCACCUGUGGUUUUCGCCCACGGCGGCAUGGGCUGCGCCUGGAUGUGGACUCCUUACAUGCGCUAUCUUGCCGCGAGGGGCAUCACCAGUUAUGCCAUCUCCACCAGGGGCCACGGCAACUCCUGGCAUCCGUCGUUCCUGCGGAUGCUCUACACCGUGACCAAGCGGGACCUCGGGGACGAUCUUCUCGCGGGCAUCAAGGCUGUCGAGCAAAAGGAGAACUCGCAGGUCGUGCUCGUGGGCCAUUCGAGCGGUGGCGGUCUGAGCCAGUUCCUGCUCAACGAGGGCGACGUCAAAGUCAAAGGGCUCGCUCUGCUGGGUGCUGUGCCUGGCACUGGGUCCUACAAGGUCUAUCUGAACUGGGCGCGCUUCGACCCUUGGUUCUCGAUCCGCAUGCUCAUCCACGGGUGGCACUCAAACUCGCCCCUCUCCCACCCGUUCCUCGUCAGGCGGGCCUUCUUCAGCGACGACUACCCGGACGCCGACCUCCAGGAGUUCACGCGGCACCUGAACCGCUACGAGUCCUUCCUCUGGCCGCUCGGCAUGCUCCUGCCCUUCACCGACCCGCGCAAGAUCCUGCGCAGCAUCACCGGCUGGGGCCAGUCAAGCACCAGCAGCAGCAGUGCUGAGAGGGUGCUCAUCAUGGCGGGCACGGGAGACAAGAUGAUGACGCGCGAGGUGCAGGAGAACUCGGCCAGCACGUUCCGCGCCGCGUACUCAGAGCUCGUGGCCAAGGGAGAGAUCAAGGGCACGGAUUCGGAGUCGGUCGUGCCCUUGAGUUCUUCUGGCUCCACGGUGGCGGCUUCUACUGGGUCAGAGCUGGACAACAUAGGCCAUGGCGUUCAGCUGGCUUAUGUCCCUGGUGCUGGGCACCACUUGCAGAACGAUACGAUGUGGGAGAUUGGCGCCGAGAAGCUGUUCAGAUUCUUGGAGCAGCUCUGA